AUGCAAUAUUUCACAAUGAGGACAAAUUUUAAGGACACCUUUCAAGCAAAUAUAAUGAGAAACAUAUUGAGCAAAUCAUACAGCGCAUUAAUGAAUUUAGAAGGAAAUGUGAAGCCACCUUGUUUCUUCACCAAAAUAGAGGGCAACGAACUCAUCCGCGAAUCAUCCUGUUUUUGCCUGCACCAGCUUAUCUUCGAAAACUUACUCAGGAGAAAGAAUGUCGAGAAUGUGAAAAGGAGCUCAUUAUCCGUGGAUCCAUCUGAAUUCACCUACCUGCAGCUAGACUUUUUCAAUUACCUGAGAAGCCCCCCCCCCCGAAAGAAGUUCAACUACAAGAUUCCGUAUUUUUUAAAUCACAACGACGAAUUUGCAAGAGAUCGAAUGAGGAAAAAUAUCAAAAGGGGAAGUCCUCACUCCAGAAUAAAAAUUUUAUUUAACAAUUUUUGUCUCUAUAACGUAAAUAGAAGAAUAGUGCUAAUAAGAGACUACUACGGAAUGCACUCCAAGAAUUACAGGAGCAUCAUAUUUCUUGAAAACAUUUUCAACAUUAAGAAAUACCUCGCGUUUACUCUAAAUAUGAAAUCCAUCCCUGAUGGGACGCCCGAACUAUGUGCACUCCUUUUUGCGAAGAAUGCUUUGAACUUUUACAGGAAUGGCGUUAUCUAUGGAUCCAUGAUGAAUGACAGAUAUUUUAAGGAGAUUGCGGACGGGCUCUUCCCCAAAUAUGAGGUCAACAAAAACGUCUUCACAAACAUCACUUUUUUGCAGUCAUUGUAUCUCCUCUUCAAGAAAAUUGAAAGAAGCUCUAACACCAAGAAGAAGAACUACGAAAACAUCUUCCUCUUCAACGUACAAGACAAUUACUCCAAAAUAAGCAAAAUGCAACGGGAGGAAGCAAUAAAGAACUCCUUCUCUUCGAAAAAUUUGGACAAGACGAUGUUUACCGUGCAGAUCAGAAACGAUUCGGAUGUCCUGGAUAAAAGAAGAAUAUGGCUCUGUAGAAAUGAUUAG